AUGGACGAUGGGUCAUACUUGGCAGAGUUUCUGCUGUCCAAAGGAUAUGAGGUUCACGGUAUUUUGAGACGCUCCAGUUCCUUCAACACUGGACGCAUUGAACAUCUUUACCAGAACCCACAGACACAUACUGAAGGAAAUAUGAAGCUGCACUAUGGAGAUCUCACCGACAGCACAUGUCUAGUGAAAAUCAUUAACCAAGUCAAACCUACCGAGAUUUACAACCUGGGUGCUCAGAGUCAUGUCAAGAUCUCCUUUGAGUUGGCUGAAUACACUGCUAAUGUGGAUGGUGUAGGAACCCUUCGGCUUUUGGAUGCUAUAAAGACGUGUGGCCUGACCAACAGCGUGAAGUUUUAUCAGGCCUCCACGAGCGAGUUAUACGGCAAAGUCCAGGAAAUUCCACAGAAGGAAACCACACCCUUUUACCCUCGUUCACCUUACGGUGCUGCUAAAUUAUAUGCCUACUGGAUUGUGGUAAACUUCAGAGAGGCCUACAACAUGUUUGCUGUCAAUGGGAUCCUCUUCAACCACGAGAGUCCAAGAAGAGGAUCCAACUUUGUGACUCGGAAGAUCAGCCGCUCUGUGGCAAAGAUUCACUUGGGCCAACUGGAGAGCUUCAGUCUGGGCAACCUGGAUUCUAAGAGGGAUUGGGGCCAUGCCGGAGACUACGUGAAGGCUAUGUGGUUGAUGCUGCAACAGGAGGAGCCAGAUGAUUUCGUCAUAUCAACAGGCGAGGUGCACAGUGUGAGGGAGUUUGUGGAAAAAGCCUUUAACCAUAUCGGGAAGACCAUCGUUUGGAAUGGGAAGGAUGAGCAAGAAGUAGGCUGUUGCCAAAAGACAGGAGUUGUGCAUGUGAAGGUGGAUCCAAAGUUCUUCCGUCCAACAGAAGUGGAUUACCUGCAAGGAGACAGCACCAAAGCAUAUCAGAAGCUGGGUUGGAAGCCAAAGGUGACUUUUGAGGAGCUGGUGAAAGAAAUGGUGGAUGCAGACAUCGAGCUGAUGGAGAAAAAUCCAAAUGCCUGA